AUGACCAGUUCUAGCAGUCUUGACAAUGCAGAACAGAGCCCCGAGCAUCCACGCCCCAAAGCGUCAGUCUCUCGGUCCCACUCUUCUCAAAUGCAGGCAUUUGCCUCUUCUCAGGUCGAGAUGGCUCUCGAGACUACACCCUCCAUCGCCAUCGACCCUAUCGCUCUCAUCACCACAGAAUGUAUAACGAUCACCUCGGCCAUGCGAAAGAAUGCCCGUUGGGCUCAAUCUUCUGUAUCAGCCAUCCUGGGAGGAGGUGCCUCAAGACUGCAAGAGCAGGAGUUACACCGGUCUUUUUCGCAAAGCCGCCAUGGCAGUAGAGGACCAAUGAUAUCCGACCCGGGCAAGACGAGACUCAAUGCUCCCAAUGCUUCAGACGACGAGAACUCCAGUUUGGCCAGUCGAUGGGGCUUACGUGGGAAGAAGGGCAAAAGCAUGCAGGACAAUCCUCUACUCUCAGCCUUUGCUCGUUUGAGGAGAGACCUCGCAGGCUGCAAAGACGUGACCACCGUCGACGGCCCUGAGCUGCUGCGUCCUUUCCUCCAGGUCAUACGGAGCUCUUCGACCAGUGCCACGAUUACAAGUCUAGCUGUUAUUUCGAUCACCAAAUUUUUCGCCUACAAUAUCCUAGCCAUCAAAACUCCCAGAAUUUCGCAGGCAAUGCAUCUUCUAAGCGCGGCCAUCACCCACUGUCGCUUUGAAGCCAGCGAUACGGCGGCAGACGAGGUUGUUUUGUUACGAAUAUUGAGACUAAUGGAAAAUAUCAUCUCUCGGCCUGAGGGUCAACUACUGGGAGAUGAAAGUAUUUGCGAGAUGAUGAGUACAGGGUUGAGCAUGUGCUGUCAGGCCCGCCUCUCGGAGGUUCUCAGAAGAUCGGCCGAGAUGGCAAUGGUGACCAUGUGUCAAGUUGUGUUCAGCAGACUAAAGACUUUGAAGGUGGAAGAAAUUCCAAAGACGAGGAGUCGUUCCAAUACUCGGACUACUCUCCUGAGCGCCAGCGAAGAUCUAAAAAUUGAGCCCCCGAUGACCGGAAGCGUCAUGGGCAAUGGUGAGCUAGAUCGGCCCAGUGCUGAUGUUGAAGGACAGCCCGCACCUGAAGAUGGUACCGACGCGAAGCCUACCUCCACCGCAACGCAAAAUUCUACCGCCCGAGCAGAAGAGGAUGAGUUCGAGAACGUUGAGCCCUAUGCUUUACCUUCCAUCAAGGAGCUUUUCCGAGUUUUGAUUGACCUUCUCGAUCCGCAUGACAAGACACAUACAGAUCCGAUGCGAAUCAUGGCAUUGAGAAUCAUUGACGUCGCACUGGAGGUCGCCGGACCGUCGAUAGCGAAACAGCCCACUCUAGCGGGUCUCGUUCAAGAUGACAUGUGUCGCCACUUGUUCCAGCUUGUUCGAUCUGAUAAUAUGGUUCUAUUGAACUGCUCUCUCCGGGUCGCAGGGACACUGCUAGCUACCUGUCGACAACUCCUCAAACUGCAGCAGGAAUUAUUUCUGUCAUAUUUGGUGGCAUGUCUACACCCACGGGUCGACAUCCCUCAAGAGCCUGGGAUCGAUCCUUCACUCUAUGAGGGGGUGCCGCAAGCCCCGAAAUUGGUUAAACCAGCUCCCUCGCAACCCAGCAGCGGCCGAUCGACCCCUGUUCCAAUCAAAGAUCGGCAGAAAUUAGGACUUGAAGGCGGUACCAGACGACCAGAGGCAAGGGAAGCAAUGGUGGAAAGUAUCGGCACCUUGGUUCGAAUGCCGAGUUUCAUGGCGGAACUCUUCGUCAAUUACGAUUGUGAAGUCGAUAGGCAGGACCUUUGUGAAGACAUGGUCGGACUUCUGUCGCGGAAUGCUUUCCCGGAUUCGGCAACUUGGAGUACGACAAGCGUCCCGCCUUUAUGCCUCGAUUCCUUGCUCAGUUUUGUCCAAUUUAUGGCAGAGAGGCUUGAUCAAGAGGUACCACCUGGGACGAAAGAGCGGAUAGAGAAGAUGCGCCUACAAAGAGUGAGAAAGAAGAUCAUCAAGAGUGGUGCUUCAAAAUUCAAUGACGACCCUAAAGCAGGGGUCGCCUACCUCGUGAGGAACGGCAUCAUAGAGGAUCCCGACGAUCCCUUGCAGGUGGCUCAAUUCCUCAAGGGAACUUCACACGUGUCGAAGAAAAUGCUAGGUGAAUUUCUGACGAAGAAAACUAAUGAGCGUCUACUCACCGCCUUCAUUGGUUUGUUCAAGUUUGAUGACAAGCGCAUCGAUGAGGCUCUCCGAGAAGUGCUUUCAGCCUUCCGUCUUCCUGGAGAGUCCGCUCUGAUUGAACGGGUGGUCAAUACCUUUACUGAAAAGUAUUGCUCCACUGCCGCACCAGAGGAAAUCGCGGACAAGGACGCCGCUUUCGUCCUCACUUAUGCCAUUAUCAUGCUUAAUACCGAACUCUACAAUCCAAAUGUCAAGGCGCAGAAACGAAUGUCUUUUGACGAUUUUGCCAGGAACCUGCGCGGAGUCAACGCUGGCAGAGACUUUGCACCGGAAUUGCUUCAAGAUAUCUACGACGCCAUCAAGCAGAACGAAAUUAUUCUGCCGGAUGAGCACGACAACAAGCAUGCUUUCGACUUUGCAUGGAAAGAAUUGUUGAUGAAGACCGCUGACGCCGGAUCAUUAGAACUAUGCAAUACCAAUGCAUUUGAUGCAGAGAUGUUCAAACUGACUUGGAGGCCAAUAAUUGCCACCCUCUGCUACGUUUUCAUGUCGGCUUCUGAUGAUGCUGUAUUUUCCCGAGUGGUUGUCGGAUUUGAUCAAUGUGCCCAAAUCGCAGCCAAGUAUGGCAUCACCGAGGCAUUCGAUCGUAUCGUCUACAGCGCGAGUCAAAUUAGUGGAUUGGCCGCGGAAGCACCACCAAGCACGUCAUUGAAUACAGAGGUUCAAGUUGGGAAGAAGAGAAUCAUGGUUAGUGAAAUGGCUGUGAGACUUGGAAGGGAUUUCAGAGCCCAAUUGUCCACAGUACUGCUGUUCAGGAUCUUGGCUGGCCACGAAAAUGCCGUGGGUGAGACAUGGAUAUGUGUUGUUCGGAUUUUGAGGAACCUCUUCGUCAAUUCUCUUAUCACACUACCCACCUUUGACAGGAGUAGACUCGCGGACCCGGGUGCGAUUCCGCUCCAACCUCCGUCACAAGUCAUCGAUCGAGAGGGCAGACUCGGCGAAAGUGGCAUUUUCUCGACCUUUACCUCGUAUCUUUCAAGUUACGCUGCAGAUGAUCCACCAGAGCCUUCGGAAGAAGAGUUGGAAAAUACUCUCAGUUCGGUGGAUUGUGUGAAAGCCUGUCAACCGGAUUUGGUUCUCAGACAUAUGGCCGCUCUGCCUCCUAAUCAGAUCAAGACAUUGGUCGCGGCACUAUUGUCACAAGUGGAAGAGUCAUCUCCGGUCGUGACAGUCAAGCCUGAACGACCGAUGCCAGUCACGGUCAGGGUCAAUGGACAUCGCGUACCCAAAGCUGGACCUGAAUAUGAUCCAGGCUCGGUGUUUUUGCUCGAGCUGGCGACUCAGCUGACACUCAGAGAUGAUGAAACGAUCGCAGCUGCUGGAGAAAAUUUGACCGGGUCAUUGCAAAAUGCGGUUCGGGAUGUGUCGAACUUACACCCUCUCGCCGCUUCCAGGGUUGUGCACUAUCUCUUGGAAUUGCUUCGAUACAGCUUUACCCACGACUUCAUGCGCGCUCCCGUCGUCCUUCAUGCCAUCUCCAGCUUUGACGACGCCGUUCUCGACCGCACCGCACCGACAGUCACACAAGGCCUGACCAAUACCGUCGCCAACCCAGGACCCUUACGAAACGAAAUCACAAAAUCCCCCGACUUCUGGUCCACAUUGCAACGUCUUCACCAGCACAAAACAGAAGCCGAAUCCGUCUUCGACAUCCUUGCUACGCUGGCAACGUCAAAUCCUACGGCCGUGACAUCCGAUAAUUUUGAAGCCGCAAUCGCGUUAGCGAACGAUUUCGCCUCGGCCGGCUCAAUCGGUUCGAUCCAGGAAAAGCGGCGCGACUUUGCAGCGAAGCGUGGCCACCAAGCAAAACCGGCGCGCGACGAAGAUAUUGUGGUCGUUCAGCGAGCUAAUAAAGCCAUCAGCCUGGUCUAUCAACUGAGCGACCGCGUCCCCGCCCUCAUCGAGCAAUCGCACCUCGAGCGCCAGGAGGCCUGGGCCGCGUACUGGUCCCCCGUCUUCCGCACCCUGUGCGCCCAGUGCGUCAACCCCUGCCGCGAAGUCCGGCACCGGGCCCUCUCAGCCUUGCAGCGCACUUUACUCUCCGAGUCCGUGGCAGACAACGAAACACAUACCGAAUGGACCGCUAUCUUCGACGAGGUCCUCUUCCCACUCACACUUCGCCUGCUCAAGCCCGAAGUCUACCAGCUCGAUCCGCCCGGGAUGAACGAUACCCGUGCCCAGGCCGCGAGUCUCCUGUGCAAGAUCUUCCUGCGCCACCUCGAUCGGCUCUUCGCCGUCAACCGCAUUGGCGACGUCUGGGUCAAGGUCCUCGAAUUGCUUGAUCGCCUGAUGAACGCGGGCACGGAUGCCGACGCCCUUGUCGAGGCAGUGAGAGAAGGUGUCAAGAAUGUCCUCCUCGUCAUGGAUGGGACCGGGUAUUUGGGUAGAAAUCCUCCCGCUACCACCACACCUACUGCGACAAAGACGCAAGGAAAUACGGAUCGAGAUCAAGACGACGUCCAGGUUUGGCCCGAGACCGUGUCGCGUCUGGACCGCUUCCUUCCCGGCUUGAUUCAGGAGUUGUUCCCUGACUCCCAGAUAGUGACUCCGGGCCCUGGUCAAACUUCUGUCGCCGCUGCUGCGCAAGGACAAGGUCAAGCCACCAACGCAUCGUCAAGACCCGGUAUACGCGAUGGGGAGCGAAAUAAGAUGUGA